AGUCACGGUGGCCGUGGGUUUGGGUUUGGGAUCUUGGGGGCCCCUCCCACUUCGCUAGCUGCACCCGUCUGCCGCAGUGUGUCUGGAGACUUCUGCGGUAUGGAGUCAGGCUCGGGAAUGCCACUCGCUGCGCCGGGGCGGGUCGCGGAGGCAGAGGGCUUGCCUGGGCGCUUUAGAUUAGGGAGGGGAGGCGCCGCUGCUGCACCCCAAGUUUUCUGGCGGGGACCCUGCUCCUGCGGACUGGGAGCUUCCUGCGGAGAAGACGGUGGCCUUCCGCCGCCACGGUUGUGCUGCUGCAGGAGUGGCUUGGCUGAGCUGCCCGGGGCUGGUGGAUGAGGCUGUUGAGGCUGCAUCUGGCCACUUCCUCAGCUUAAGUGACUGAAGAGAAGAGGAGGUGGUGGUGCGGCCAGUGACUUGGGGAGCAUCUUAGCUUAUUUCUGGGUGUUUCCAUUCGCUUGCUAUGGCAUUGUUCAAGUACCCACUGGACCAUGGUUUUGCAGGAAAUGUGAAUCUCAGGAGAGAGCAGCCAGAGUGAGAUGUGAACUGUGUCCUCAUAAGGAUGGAGCUUUAAAAAGAACAGAUAAUGGGGUUUAAUCUUUGAUACAUUUGGAAUGUAUCCAGGUAAUACAGUGUGAGGUUGGGCUCAUGUGGUUUGUGCCCUGUAUAUUCCGGAGGUACAGUUUGCCAAUGUUUCUACAAUGGAACCAAUUGUUUUACAAUCUGUUCCACAUGAUCGUUACAAUAAGACUUGCUACAUUUGUGAUGAACAAGGAAGAGAAAGCAAAGCAGCCACUGGUGCUUGUAUGACCUGUAAUAAACAUGGAUGUCGACAGGCUUUCCAUGUGACAUGUGCUCAGUUUGCUGGACUACUUUGUGAAGAAGAAGGUAAUGGUGCAGAUAACGUCCAAUACUGUGGCUACUGUAAAUACCAUUUUAGUAAGCUGAAAAAGAGCAAACGGGGAUCUAAUAGGUCAUAUGAUCAAAGUUUAAGUGAUUCUUCCUCUCACUCUCAGGAUAAACAUCAUGAGAAAGAGAAAAAAAAAUACAAGGAAAAGGACAAACACAAACAAAAGCAUAAGAAGCAACCAGAACCAUCACCUGCAUUGGUUCCUUCUUUGACUGUUACCACAGAGAAAACUUAUACGAGCACUAGCAGCAACUCUAUUUCUGGAUCAUUGAAGCGCUUGGAAGAUACUGCAGCUCGAUUUACAAAUGCAAACUUCCAAGAAGUCUCUGCGCACACAACUAGUGGAAAAGAUGUUUCAGAGGCUAGAGGGUCAGAGGGCAAAGGGAAGAAAUCUUCAGCUCACAGCUCAGGUCAAAGGGGAAGAAAGCCUGGUGGAAGAAAUCCAGGAACGACUGUGUCAGCAGCUAGUCCUUUCCAGCAAGGCAGUUUUUCAGGAACUCCAGGCAGUGUAAAAUCAUCUUCGGGAAGUUCAGUACAGUCUCCCCAGGAUUUCUUGAGCUUUACAGACUCAGAUCUGCGUAAUGACAGUUAUACUCACUCCCAACAGUCAUCAUCAACCAAAGAUGUACAUAAAGGAGAGUCUGGAAGCCAGGAAGGGGGGGUAAAUAGUUUUAGUUCCAUUAUGGGUCUCCCUUCGACCUCAGCUGUUAUUUCACAGCCUAAAAGCUUUGAAAAUUCACCUGGAGAUUUGGGUAAUUCCAGCCUUCCAACAGCAGGAUAUAAGCGGGCUCAAACUUCUGGCAUAGAAGAAGAAACUGUAAAGGAAAAGAAAAGAAAAGGAAAUAAACAAAGUAAGCAUGGGCCUGGUAGACCUAAAGGAAACAAAAAUCAAGAGAAUGUUUCUCAUCUCUCAGUUUCUUCUGCUUCACCAACAUCAUCUGUAGCAUCAGCUGCAGGAAGUGUAACAAGCUCUAGUCUUCAGAAAUCUCCUACAUUGCUCAGGAAUGGAAGUUUACAAAGUCUUAGUGUUGGCUCAUCUCCAGUUGGUUCAGAAAUUUCCAUGCAGUAUCGGCAUGAUGGAGCUUGUCCAACAACUACUUUCUCAGAGUUGCUGAAUGCAAUACACAAUGACAGAGAUGACAAUUCUGCACUAACAAAGCAGGAACUUAAAUUCAUAGGUAUUUAUAACAGCAAUGAUGUAGCAGUAUCAUUUCCAAAUGUAGUAUCUGGCUCAGGAUCUAGUACUCCUGUCUCCAGUUCUCAUUUACCUCAGCAGUCUUCUGGGCACUUGCAACAAGUGGGAGCUCUCUCCCCCUCAGCGGCGUCGUCUGCAGCCCCUGCUGUUGCUACAACUCAGGCAAAUACCCUCUCUGGAUCUUCGCUUAGUCAAGCACCAUCUCAUGUGUAUGGCAGUAGAUUAAAUCCAAGCUCAUCAAUGGCAGCUCUUAUAGUUCAGUCUGAAAAUAACCAAACAGAUCAAGAUCUUGGAGACAAUAGCCGCAGCCUUGUUGGCAGAGGAAGCUCACCCCGAGGAAGUCUCUCACCACGAUCUCCUGUAAGCAGCUUACAAAUUCGCUAUGAUCAACCGGUCAACAGCAGUUUGGAAAAUCUUCCUCCGGUAGCAGCCAGCAUAGAACAGCUUUUGGAGAGGCAGUGGAGUGAAGGACAGCAGUUUUUAUUAGAACAGGGUACUCCUAGUGACAUUUUAGGAAUGCUGAAGUCAUUACACCAACUUCAAGUUGAAAAUCGGAGAUUGGAAGAGCAGAUUAAAAACUUGACAGCCAAAAAGGAACGUCUUCAGUUAUUGAAUGCACAGCUCUCAGUGCCUUUUCCAACAAUAACUACAAAUCCUAGUCCAUCUCAUCAAAUGCAUGCAUUUUCAGCACAGAAUGCUCCUGCCACUGAUUCCUUGAACAGCAGUAAGAGCCCUCAUCUAGGAAACAGCUUUUUACCUGAUAAUUCUCUUCCUGUAUUAAAUCAGGACUUAACCUCCAGUGGACAAAGCACCAGCAGCUCUUCUGCUCUUUCUACUCCACCUCCUGCUGGGCAGAGUCCAGCUCAGCAGGGCUCAGGCGUUAGUGGAGUUCAGCAGGUCAAUGGUGUGACAGUGGGGGCGCUGGCUAGUGGGAUGCAGACUGUCACAUCCACCAUUCCUGCAGUGCCUGGAGUGGGUGGAAUAAUUGGAGCUUUGCCAGGUAACCAACUGGCAAUUAAUGGCAUUGUAGGAGCUUUAAAUGGGGUGAUUCAGACCCCUGUCACAAUAUCCCAGAACCCUGCCCCCCUCACCCACACCACUGUACCACCUAAUGCAACACAUCCAAUGCCAGCUACACUGACUAACAGUGCCUCAGGACUAGGAUUACUUUCUGACCAGCAAAGACAAAUAUUUCUUCACCAACAGCAAUUUCAGCAGUUGUUGAAUUCUCAACAGCUCACACCAGAACAACAUCAGGCCCUUCUGUAUCAGUUAAUGCAACAGCAUCACCACCAGCAGCACCACCCGCCGGAGCUCCAGCAGCUGCAGAUCCCCGCGCCAACGCAGAUCCCCAUGAACAACCUGCUCGCGGGCACUCAGGCGCCACCGCUCCACCCCGCCACCACCAACCCAUUUCUCACCAUCCAUGGCGACAGUGCAAGUCAGAAAGUAACAAGACUUAGUGAUAAAACUGGGCCUGUCACUCAGGAGAAAAGUUGACACUUGAGAAACCUCUAGAUUGCCUCUCCUGCAGCUCUAGCACUUCGUCUGGCUGCCAUUGCAGCCCUCCUACACCUAUGAAGAAAUGCGACAAGAAAUGAACUGCACAACAAAGGAUUCAUUGCCACAAGGACUUUCUUGUAAGGCCUUGAUUAAUUUUCUUGUUGCUUUGUUGCACUGAAAUGGAAUUCCCAUAUAUCCCCCAUCCCUCAACCCAGAUUUUUUUGAACUUUGAAAAAAAAUUUUAAUAACUAACUUUUGUCAAUGAAAUAAUUUACAUGCAAUGAAUUUAUGAACCUAAGAGGAAUUUAAUAUAGUUGGUGCACAAGUAAUUUUGUUACCAAUUGGAGAGACGAACAGCAAAACUAAAGACUUACUCCAUUUACAAACUUUUGAUUUUGUUGUACAAGUUAGAGUAUGAAAUACAGUCUUUUGUUUGGGUUGCAGUGUGCUUGCUCUGUGAGUCAGAUCUUGAGACAAAUUUUAAGGAACUGUCCAAUAUCUUCUAUUGGAGUUUUAUUGGUUAAGUAUUGCAAAUGAAUAGGUCAUCAACUGGGACUUGGCAAUCUUUGUUAUAAAAAUUUUCUUUAUAAUGGGAUUUGGCCAAUUUUGGUAAUCAAGUUAGGAUGGUAAUGGUCUGCUUCUGCUAAAGGUAAUUUUCUUUUGCUAAAUACUUUCUUUUUCUUUUAUAAAGUGCUAAGACCUACUCAUAUUUUAAAGUAACUACUCAUAUUUUGAGUUAAGUGAGUUCUAAGGCUGCUGGGGGAACCAGAUCAAUUUACAGUGAAAGAUUUCUUUCAGAAAGAGGGGCCACUCUGGAAACUGCUGGUAGGCUUUGGCCUGAAUCAAGUGCCUGUUAGUACCUCCAUGGUGUGGAGGUGGCUCUAGACAGCUGGGCUUCACUACCGUCAGUCCUUGUAAGUCCGUAGUAGGAAUAGUCAGUGUCGCACCAGCAGCCUUCCCCAUGGUUCUGCCUUUAUUAAAAACUUUCUAUGCCACUGUAGAUAGCUCAGGCAAAACUGUUACCUGGGUAUUUAUCCACUAAUGAGUCACAAGAAAAAUGAGUGGAUUUGGUAAGAUUCUUUUUUUUUUUUUAAUUUUUUUAUUUAAACAACUUCCCAUUUACUGACAGUGAUUUCAAACAAA